CUAUGGACUGCAUGGUGUCAGAGUGGACGGAGUGGUCCGAGUGUAAUAAGUCCUGCGGUAAAGGCCACACCAUCAGGACACGCAUGGUGAAGCUGGAGCCCAACUUUGGAGGGGAGCCCUGCCCCGAGACAGUCCAGAGGAAGAAGUGUAAUAUCAGGAAGUGCAAACGGGGCUCAAGGGCCAGCGAGGAGAAGAAGAGACGGCGGGGGGGAGAGGUGGGCGGCGGGAAAGGGAAGAGAAGGGGCAAACAGCAAGGACGGGACGCAGCAGGUCAGUCAUCAUCAUCACCUGUGUGGCAUAUAUACAGUGGGGAAAAAAAGUAUUUAGUCAGCCACCAAUUGUGCAAGUUCUCCCACUUAAAAAGAUGAGAGAGGCCUGUAAUUUUCAUCAUAGGUACACGUCAACUAUGACAGAUAAAAUGAGGAAAAAAAAUCCAGAAAAUCACAUUGUAGGAUUUUUUAUGAUUUUAUUUGCAAAUUAUGGUGGAAAAUAAGUAUUUGGUCAAUAACAAAAGUUUCUCAAUACUUUGUUAUAUACCCUUUGUUGGCAAUGACACAGGUCAAACGUUUUCUGUAAGUCUUCACAAGGUUUUCACACACUGUUGCUGGUAUUUUGGCCCAUUCCUCCAUGCAGAUCUCCUCUAGAGCAGUGAUGUUUUGGGGCUGUCGCUGGGCAACACAGACUUUCAACUCCCUCCAAAGAUUUUCUAUGGGGUUGAGAUCUGGAGACAGGCUAGGCCACUCCAGGACCUUGAAAUGCUUCUUACGAAGCCACUCCUUCGUUGCCCGGGCGGUGUGUUUGGGAUCAUUGUCAUGCUGAAAGACCCAGCCACGUUUCAUCUUCAAUGCCCUUGCUGAUGGAAGGAGGUUUUCACUCAAAAUCUCACGAUACAUGGCCCCAUUCAUUCUUUCCUUUACACGGAUCAGUCGUCCUGGUCCCUUUGCAGAAAAACAGCCCCAAAGCAUGAUGUUUCCACCCCCAUGCUUCACAGUAGGAAUGGUGUUCUUUGGAUGCAACUCAGCAUUCUUUGUCCUCCAAACACGACGAGUUUAGUUUUUACCAAAAAGUUAUAUUUAGGUUUCAUCUGACCAUAUGACAUUCCCCCAAUCCUCUUCUGGAUCAUCCAAAUGCACUCUAGCAAACUUCAGACGGGCCUGGACAUGUACUGGCUUAAGCAGGGGGACACGUCUGGCACUGCAGGAUUUGAGUCCCUGGCGGCUUAGUGUGUUACUGAUGGUAGGCUUUGUUACUUUGGUCCCAGCUCUCUGCAGGUCAUUCACUAGGUCCCCCCGUGUGGUUCUGGGAUUUUUGCUCACCGUUCUUGUGAUCAUUUUGACCCCACGGGGUGAGAUCUUGCGUGGAGCCCCAGAUCGAGGGAGAUUAUCAGUGGUCUUGUAUGUCUUACAUUUCCUAAUAAUUGCUCCCACAGUUGAUUUCUUCAAACCAAGCUGCUUACCUAUUGCAGAUUCAGUCUUCCCAGCCUGGUGCAGGUCUACAAUUUUGUUUCUGGUGUCCUUUGACAGCUCUUUAGUCUUGGCCAUAGUGGAGUUUGGAGUGUGACUGUUUGAGGUUGUGGACAGGUGUCUUUUAUACUGAUAACAAGUUCAAACAGGUGCCAUUAAUACAGGUAACGAGUGGAGGACAUAGGAGCCUCUUAAAGAAGAAGUUACAGGUCUGUGAGAGCCAGAAAUCUUGCUUGUUUGUAGGUGACCAAAUACUUAUUUUCCACCAUAAUUUGCAAAUAAAUUCAUUAAAAAUCCUACAAUGUGAUUUUCUGGAUUUUUUUCUUCUCAAUUUGUCUGUCAUAGUUUACGUAUACCUAUGAUGAAAAUUACAGGCCUCUCUCAUCUUUUUAAGUGGGAGAACUUGCACAAUUGGUGGCUGACUAAAUACUUUUUUUCCCCACUGUAUAUACUGUAUAUACACCUUUGUCAUCAUCAUCAUUAUCAUCCUCUUCAUCAAGACAUUCAUCAUCAUUAUCAUCCUCUUCAUCAAGACAUUCAUCAUCAUUAUCACCACCAUUAUUGUCAUUAUCACCUCUUUCAUUCAUGUCGUUGAUACAUGCUUUAUCCACCACCUUGAUGUAUCCUUUAUAUCCCAAAUAUAGGGUUAAAUAAAUCGGGAAAGUCACUGACGAUGAUUUCCAAGUCACUCAUCAUUCAUUCAGAUUCCCCAUAAGUCCUGCUGAGGUAUUGUUUGUAUCUCAGAAUGUAAAUAAAAUAAAAUAACAUUUUAUUUGGCACAUGCGCUGAAUACAACAGGUGUAGACCUUACCGUGAAACGCUUACUUACAAGCCCUUACCACCAUGCAGUUUUAAGAAAAAUGUGAGUUAAGAAAAACAUUUACUAAAUGCAAAUAGUCUAGCCAUUUGAUUAGCUGUUCAGGAGUCUUGUGGCUUGGGGGUAGAAGAUGUUAAGAAGCCUUUUGGACCUAGACUUGGCGCUCCGGUAUCGCUUGCCGUGCGGUAGCAGAGAGAACAGUCUAUGACGAGGGUGGCUGGAGUCUUUGGCAAUUUUUAGGGCCUUCCUCUGACACCGCCUGUGGUCCUCUGUAGCUCAAUUGGUAUAGCAUGGCGCUUGUAACGCCAGGGUAGUGGGUUCGAUCCCCGGGACCACCCAUACGUAAAAAUGUAUGCACACAUGUCUGUAAGUCGCUUUGGAUAAAAUCGUCUGCUAAAUGGCAUAUUAUAUCAUUAUACCAGGCGGUGAUGCAACCAGUUAGGAACUUUUUGUGGAUAUUUUCAGUCUCCUGAGGGGGAAUAGGCGUUGCCGUGCCCUCUUCACGACUGUCUUGGUGUGUUUGGACCAGGAUAGUUUGUUGGUGAUGUGGACACCAAGGAACUUUAAGCGCUCAACCUGCUCCACUACAGCCCUGUCGAUGAGAAUGGGGGCGUGCUCGGUCCUCAUCUUUUUCCUGUAGUCCACAAUCAUCUUCUUUGUCUUGAUCAAGUUGAGGGAGAGGUUGUUCUCUUGCCACCACUUCCAGGUCUCUGACUGCCUCCCUAUAGGCUGUCUCAUCGUUUUCGGUUAUCAGGCCUACCACCGUUGUGUCAUCAGCAAACUUAAUGAUGGUGUUGGAGUUGUGCUUGGCCACGCAGUCAUGGGUGAACAGGGAGUACAGGAGGGGACUAAGCACGCACCCCUGAGGGGCCCCCGUGUUGAGGAUCAGCGUGGCAGGUGUGUUGUUGCCUACCCUUACCACCUGGGGACGGCCCAUCAGGAAGUCCAGGAACCAGUUGCAGAGGGAGGUGUUUAGUCCCAAGGUCCUUAAUUUAGUGAUGAGUAGUCAAUGAACAGCAUUCUCACGUAGGUGUUCCUUUUGUCCAGGUGGGAAAGGGCAGUGUUGAGUGCAAUAGAGAUUGCGUCAUCUAUGGAUCUGUUGGGGCAGUAUGCAAAUUGAGUGGGUCUAGGGUUUCUGGGAUGAUGGUGUUGAUGUGCGCCAUGACCAGCCUAUCAAAGCACUUCAUGGCUACAGAUGUGAGUGCUACGGGUCUGUAGUCAUUUAGGCAGGUUACCUUGGUGUUCUUGGGCACAGGGACUAUGGUGGUCUGCUUGAAACAUGUAGGUAUUACAGACUUGGCCAGGGACAGGUUGAAAAUGUCAGUGAAGACACUUGCCAGUUGGUCAGCGCAUGCUCGGAGUACACGUCCUGGUAAUCCGUCUGGCCCUGCGGCCUUGUGAAUGUUGACCUGUUUAAAGCUCUUACUCACAUCGGCUACGGCGAGCGUGAUCACACAGUCGUCUGGAACAGUUUGUGCUCUCAUGCAUGCUUCAGUGUUGCUUGCCUCGAAGCGCGCAUAGAAGUCAUUUAGCUCGUCUGGUAGGCUUGUGUCACUGGGCAGCUCGCGGCUGGACUUCCCUUUGUAGUCUGUAAUAGUUUGCAAGCCCUGCCACAUCCGAUGAGCGUCGGAGCUGGUGUAGUAGGAUUCAAUCUUAGUCCUGUAUUUACGUGUUACGUGUAUGUGUUUUUGUGUUUUUCCUCUCCUGCCCUAAUCACAGGUGUCCUUUUUGUUCCUGAUUGGAGGUCGUUGGUGUGUCCCACCUGUCAGUCAUCAGUUAAUCUGCUGAUUGCUGAGGUGGACCAAUCAGUGGACAUUUCUCCUGAUUGCACCACCUGUUUCUGUUUUCUUACCCAAUCAUAUCACACAUCCCCUUGUUUUAAAAGCUAGUCAGUUGUGUUUGCUGACAGACUCUUUUUGUUUGUGAGUAUGUAUACGGUGGUGUCUUGUUUUUGUGUAUGCACUCGUUAAUUGUUUAGUCCGUAUGGUACCUAUAUUGUUUGUUUGUGCCUGGGAAAAGGGGGAUUUAGCAAGUCGCCCUUGGGCAUACACUACCCGUAGGAAACCUUGUCUAAACACACCAGUUAGACCUGAGCGGACCACCCACUGUAUUUUGUAUGGUUAGCAGUAAGCUUAGUAGUUCUUGAGGCAGGCAAGAUCAGUUUAGGGGGUUUUGACUUUAUUGUUUCAUUCCUUGGGUCCAGCUCAGCCCCUUUUCCCCAAACCAUUUACUGUGUGUUUUUAUAAUAAACGUUUUGUGUUUGACGGUAGCAUUUGGUUGUUGGCGUAUUUUGUUCUCACUGUUCCUUGGCAAUAGCCUAAUUUGCAUGAGUUAUGUUACGGGCCUCUUUUCCAUCCACCCUAGACUUUUAAAGCCAAGGGGUUCGUAACAUAACGUGGGGGCUCGUCUGGGAUUUAUCUCAAUGAUACCCAUACCACUCAUGCAAAUUGGUUUAGUGUCUGGUUCAGUGUUGAACUUGUCAGCUGUGACUAGCUGGUUUCGUGUGCAGUAUUCGUCGGCUCAUGUUGCUAGCUUAAGAUGGCUACUUGUGAUUUGGAUGCCUUUUUGGAAAACCCUACGUGGGAGGUUUUUGAUAAUUGCCAUAGAGUGGAUCUACAGGCUUUGGCUGACCACUUUUCUGUACCCAUACCAAGGGUUUUAGUGAAAGCAAAAGUUAGGAAAGCGGUGUUAGAGACAUUAUUGAACGAGCGAGUGCUUGCGUUACCGCCGCCUGCUGUUCCUGUAGGGGAUGUGGCUGCUGCUCCUGUAAGCCCGUCGGUGUCUGAGGACGAGAGCGAGGCUCCAGCCACAUUGCCCCGUUUUGACCCACUCUCCCCACUGUCCGACAGUGAUGCCAGGAGCGUCAUUGUCAGCACGUUUCUCUGGUCCUUAUGUAAUUGAAAAGAAACUAAGUGAAACUGAUUACGUGAUACAGACUCCUGAUAGAAAACGCCAAUCUCGUGUGUGCCACAUUAACAUGUUGAAGACAUACCACACCAGACCCGUCACUCAGAUAGACAGUCCAGAGAAACUGGCCGAGACAGCCGUCUCUAUUGCUGCUGCGGUUGUAGUGGGAGGUCAUGUUAAUGAUGUGGACGGAGAUGGUUUGGAGUUGCGCAAUACUCAGCAGCAGUGUGCUAGAUUGCCCAAUUCAGAGAUGCUGUUGUCUCUCCCGUCAAGCCUGAUUCAUUUAACGGAUGGACAGACAGAUUAUAUUGUGAGGCUAUUACACAGCUUUCCAUGUCUUUUUAAUUAUGUUCCUACACGCACAAAUGUGCUAGAACAUGACAUUAAUGUUGGAAAUGCUGCACCUAUCAAGCAACAUGCUUAUCGUGUCAACGUCUCUAAAAUAAAGAUAAUGAGGGAUGAAGUUGGUAUUUGCUGGAGAAUAACCUGGCUAUGCCAAGUUCAAGUCCUUGGAGUUCUCCGUGCAUUCUGGUUUCCAAACCUGAUGGGACAUCCAUGUUAUGUAUGGACUAUCGAAAGGUCAAUGCUGUCACAGUGCCCGACUCGUUCCCGUUACCCAGACUGGAUGACUGUAUUGACACUGUUGGUGCUGCUACUUAUGAAACCAAACUAGAUCUUCUAAAAGGUUACUGGUAGGUGCCGUUAACCUCACGUGCCUCCGACAUCUCUGCCUUUGUGACCCCAGACCACUUCCUACAAUAUGCUGUCAUGGCAUUUGGGAUGCGGAACGAACCAGCCACUUUCCAACGCCUGGUUAACACAGUAUUGGCUGGAGCUCCUAAUUGUAGUGCUUACCUUGAUGAUCUUGUCAUUUAUUCUACUGAGUGGUCAGAUCAUAUUAACACUCUAAGGGUAGUGUGUGAACGUCUAGCAGCCGCUUCUCUAACCCUGAACUUAGCAAAGUGCGAGUUUGGGAAGGCCACUGUUACUUAUCUUGGUAAACAGGUCGGCCAUGGUCAGGUGCGGCCUGUAGAUGCCAAGGUCUCAGCUAUAAAUGCAUUUCCCGCACCUACCAAUAGAAGAGAGCUACGCCGCUUUUUAGUGAUGGUUGGCUACUACCGUAGUUUCUGUAAAAAUGUAUCUGCGGUAGUUGCUCCAUUAACGGAUUUGCUCAGUCCGCCGAGAAAAUGUGUAUGGUCUGCAGAUUGUCACACUGCUUUCAACACUGCUAAAGCACUCUUAUGUAGUACCCCUGUUCUUGCUGCGCUAGAUUUUGAAUAGACGUUUAAACUGGAGGUAGAUGCAAGUGCCAGAGGUGCUGGUGCUGUUCUACUGCAGCCGGACCAGAGUGGAGUGGACCAUCCUGUCUGUUAUUUUUCGCGGAAAUGUAACAAAUGUCAAACUAACUAUUCAACCAUUGAACAAGAAGCCCUAGCUUUGUUGUUAGCUCUGCAGUACUUCGACGUCUAUGUUGGUUCCAGUGCACUACCAGUGAUAGUGUAUACUGACCAUAACCCCUUAGUUUUUCUCCACCGAAUGUACAACCAGAACCAACGCCUUAUGCGUUGGGCACUUGUUGUGCAAAAUUAUAAUUUGGAGAUCCGCCACAAAAGGGUUGGCAGAUGCUUUGUCUCGUGUUUAGAGAUCUAGGAUUUUUUGUUAUCCCGUCAGGAUGCUGUUGAUCUUUGAAUUUUUGUGUGUUGUCAUAGUACGUGUGUCGCAAACCAUUGUGGUUUGCUCUUUUAAGGGUGGGAGUGUUACGGAUACAGGUAUUCUGUAUGUGUUUUUCCUCUCCUUCUGCCCUAAUCACAGGUGUCCUUUGCGUUCCUGAUUGGAGGUCGUUGGUGUGUCCCACCUGUCAGUCAUCAGUUAAUCUGCUGAUUGCACCACCUGUUUCUGUUUUCUUACCCAAUCAUAUCACACAUCCCCUUGUUUUAAAAGCUAGUCAGUUGUGUUUGCUGACAGAGACUCUUUUUGUUUGUGAGUAUGUAUACGGUGGUGUCUUGUUUUUGUGUACGCACUCGUUAAUUGUUUAGUCCGUAUGGUACCUAUAUUGUUUGUUUGUGCCUGGGAAAAGGGGGAUUUAGCAAGUCGCCCUUGGGCAUACACUACCCAUAGGAAACCUUGUCUAAACACACCAGUUAGACCUGAGCGGACCACCCACUGUAUUUUGUAUGGUUAGCAGUAAGCUUAGUAGUUCUUGAGGCAGGCAAGAUCAGUUUAGGGGGUUUUGACUUUAUUGUUUCAUUCCUUGGGUCCAGCUCAGCCCCUUUUUCCCAAACCAUUUACUGUGUGUUUUUAUAAUAAACAUUUUGUUGUUGGCGUAUUCUGUUCUCACUGUUCCUUGGCAAUAGCCUAAUUUGCAUGAGUUAUGUUACGGGCCUCUUUUCCAUCCACCCUAGACUUUUAAAGCCACGGGGUUCGUAACAUACGCUUUGCCUGUUUGAUGGUUUGUCUGAAGGCAUAGCGGGAUUUCUUAUAAGCGUCCGGGUUAGAGUCCCGCUCCUUGAAAGUGGCAGCUCUACCCUUUAGCUCAGCACGGACAUUCCUCAGGUCAAAAGGUCAAAUGUCCCAUGCAGCCCACUCUUAAUCCACCUGCCCAAGUCCUGAGAGGAUCAAUGCUUCCUCCCUCCCCCUCUCCCUCCCUGCCUGGCUGUGUUAGAGUGGCUACACUCAGUGCUGAUCAGCCCUGUCAGGUUGAUAAAGUGACUGGGCCUGCUCACAGAUGGCCGUCCUGAUUGCUCCCACAGGUAGAAGCAGAGCAGUCAGGGUGGGCUUUGUACUGUUGCAUCCCCAUAGAGACAGGCUUCUUUAACCUGGGACUAAUGAGCUGGUGACGGUGACAAAUACCCCCACAGAUCUGUCUGGGGCAGCAUAACCCCCCUCCACCACCACAACCCACACCACCCACCAUUCAUCAUCAGUAAUAAAGGGCGGUGGGGAGCGGACCGGGACUCCAUGCUCUCUGGAGCAUGGAUGAUUGUUCAGUCUAAUGUAAGGCUAAGAAUGAUUGGUCAUGAAAUUAAGGCUUGAACAUUGCACAUUUGAUAUGUCUCACUUGUGCUUGCUCACAUCAAUUAAUGUCAUAAUCAAGUAAGAUAUUUGGUGCAUGAUUGAUUUGACUAACUAAGGAAAGCCACCUUAAACCCCAACCUGGUCUCGGCCAUUUUGUAUUAUUCUGUAUGUAAAUCUGAGACACUCCAUUUAGUAUGUUAUGUUACGUUUGUUAUGGUUACAUAAGACAGUUGGUUAAUUAAGGCAAAAACAAAAGGAGGGUGGUUGGUCGGGGUAGAUGGGUAGGCAUAUAACACGGAAGUCUAGUAACCCAAAGGUUGAGAAUUCCAAUCGCAUCACGGACAACUUCAGCAUUUCAGCUAAUUAGCAACAUUUCAACUACUUACUACUUUUUAGCUACUUUGCAAAUACUUAGCAUGUUAGCUAACCCUUACCUUAACCAUUUAACCUAACUCCUAAACUUAACCCUAACCCCUAACCCUAAUCCCUAGCCUAGCUAACGUUAUCGAGCUAGCUAGAGUUUGUAAAAAUCAUACGGAUUGCAAAAUUGUAACAUGUAAUACGAUUUGUAAUUCGUAGCAUAUCAUACGAAAUGGAGUUUCUUGGAUUUACAAACAGAAUAAUACAAAAUGCUCUGAGACCAGGUUGGAAAUCCCGCUCUCUCAUCUCAUUGACUUGUUCCCACAGGUUGCAAGAUGAGGCCCUGGUCCAGUUGGACGGACUGUACCAAGCACUGCGGCGGGGGGAUUCAGGAGCGCUUCAUGGCUUUGAAGAAGAGAGCCAAGAGUGCCCCCACACAGAUCACCAGCUGCAAGGACAAGAAGGAGAUCCGUGCCUGUAAUGUCCAGCCCUGCUAGGGGGCUCUGCUGUCUAUCUGUGUUUCUCUUUGUUAGGGCUGGGGGAGGAAGGAGAUGCAGACUGUCAGUGUUGAUUUAGCCUGGGUUGGCAGUCAGUGUGAUGGAUACAGCACCUGUGUGUUGGAGGGAGAUGAGAGAUUCUCCAGAGACUCCAUUACUGUGGAUCACUGGGCUGAGGACGAGACC